AUGCAGCCCAAACCAGGCUUGCCCCCUUCCCAAUUCCACGACUGGUACAACAACGAACAUGGACCCCUCCGUCUCCGACUCCCGUUUUUCCCGAAUGGCUACCGUUUCCGCGCCAUUGACGGCGACGACGAGACCGGCCCGUACAACGCGGAAAAACAUGAAUGGGUUGCAUUAUACGACAUUACGGAUUCCGAUGAGUUCACGCGCCCGCCAUACACCACUCUGCGCGAAGAUAGCGUCAAGACCGAGCGCGAGAAGGAGACCAUGGCGCAGAUCACGGUGGGGAGACGGAUGUUCGAUUUGAUUAAGGAGUGGAAGGCAGAUGACUACAAACCAUUAGAAGACGUGCAGACAGCGAAUUCAAAGGGAUAUGUAAUUAUUCCGGUGUGUUUCAAGAUCCAGCCGGGCACAGAAGACAAAGUUGAGCAUUGGUAUAACGACGAGCACAUCGCGCUGCUGCAAAAAGUCCCUGGAUGGCGUCGCUCAAGGCGGUUUGUGACUUCUUCCGUUUUGAACCCCACUGCAGAGGAGAAGGAAUAUCUCGCUAUUCAUGAAUAUGCGAGUAUGGAAGGGCAGGAUGGGCCUGAGUUGAAGGCUGCGGUCUCGACGGAGCUGUCAAGGGAUAUUUAUGCGAAUGUGGUGAUUGGGCGUGUGCGCAGGGUUUAUGAGUGGUAUUAUACGUUUGGUCCUGCGCCGAGAGAUCUGGCAUCUCUUUCGGACCUGGAGUAUUCCGCGACGUUUGAGUCGAGGGAUGGUCUGACGCAGACACGUGCUGCAUCGACGACAAGCAAUAAGAGAGCGGUCAUUGAGUCGUUCAUCACAACUCCCGAUGGGGUUCAACUUCCUUAUAAACUCGAAGGAAGCGCAGACCCCGAAGCACCACUUAUCGUUUUGGUGAAUUCCAUUCUUUCGGAUUGGGGCAUCUGGGACGAGUUCUUGGAUGUCUUCUUCUCCAACCCCAAAAACCAGAAAUACCGUGUCGUCCGCUACCGUCCGCGCGGCCGCGCCAGCGAUCCAGGCGAAACACCCGUGACAAUGGACCUAUUGAGCCAGGACGUCAUCACCAUCCUCAAUGCGCUGCGAGUUCCGCAAGCCGCAGCCGUAAUCGGCGUAAGCCUCGGCGGCGCAACAGCGCUCAAUACAGCACUCAAAUACCCCACCAGAGUCGCAAACUUUGUCGCUUGUGAUACCAACUCCCUCGCUCCACCCAGUAACCCGACCGCCUGGGGUGAGCGAAUUUCGCUCGCCGAGUCCGAAACCGACGCACCCACAGACCCGAAAACAGGUGCAAGGCUUGUAGGCGAAAAACUAGCUGAGAUUACUACGAGACGCUGGUUUGUGCCCGCUAGCUACGACGGCGGUGCCCAACAAGCGCGCGCUGAGAAAGUGAAACAAUACGUUUUCACUAACCAUCUAGAAGGAUUCAAGAAGAGCGUCAGAGCAUUGUACUCGUACGACCUGCGCGAAGAAAUGAAGACCGGUUCCGUCCGUGGAUUGUUUGUGGUUGGAAGUGGUGAUGGCGUCUUACCGCAAGGGAUGAAGAAGAUGGCCGAGGACUAUGGUGAUGGGAAAUCGGAGUUGAAGAUUGUCGAGGGCGCGGGUCAUUUACCCAUGGCGGAGCAGCCGGAGGAGUUUGCAAAGGUUAUUGAUGCGUUUUUGUAG